CUGUCGCAUUCUUCUGCAUACCUCGAGCAAGAAGUUCGUGCACAGCAACUAAGCAAGCAACCACUCGAUCCACUCCUAAAGUUGCUACCACAGCAACAUCCACUAAGAUGCCUGCAAUCCCUCAAGGAAAGAGCGCCGUCACGCAAAAGAACGACGACGAUGUCGUCAUCGUCUCAGCUCUUCGCACAGCCAUCACCAGGGCAAAGAAGGGCGGUCUCGCUCAGUGUUGCCCGGAGGAGAUGCUGGGCAACGUCCUCAAGGCAGUUCUUGCGCAAAGCAAGAUCGACCCGAAGCUGAUCCAGGACGUCGCCGUCGGUAACGUCCUACCGCCCGGCGGCGGCGCGACGCAGGCGAGGCAGGCUGCGCUCUGGGCCGGUAUUCCCAACACGGCCGCCGUCAUGAGUCUAAACAGGCAGUGCAGCAGUGGCCUACAGGCCGUCAACCAGAUUGCCACCGCCAUCAGCACCGGCCAGAUUGACAUUGGCAUCGGCGCCGGUGUCGAAAGCAUGACUCUCAACUACGGCGCUGGUGUGAUGCCGGAGAAAAUGUCAGACCGAGUCGCGGAGAACGAAGAGGCGGCGGACUGCCUGAUGCCGAUGGGUAUCACGUCCGAGAACGUCGCCAAGGAGUAUGGCAUCUCGCGCGCGGCACAGGACAAGUUUGCUGCGCAGUCGCAGAUCAAGGCUGACGCCGCGCAAAAGGCGGGAAAGUUCCAAUCCGAGAUCGUCAUCGUCAAGUAUACCGACGACGACGGCAACGAGCGCGUCGUCGACCGCGACGAUGGCGUGCGCAGUGGCGUCACAGCGGAGUCGCUCGCAAAGCUCAAGCCCGCCUUUGCCAAGGACGGCGCCACACAUGCCGGCAACGCCUCCCAAGUCUCCGACGGCGCCGCCGCCGUCCUACUCGCCCGCCGCUCCGUUGCAAACAAGCUCGGUCUCCCCGUUCUUGCCAAGUUUGUCUCGGCCGCCGUCGUCGGCGUCCCGCCCAGGGUCAUGGGCAUCGGCCCCGCUUUUGCCAUCCCGCGCGUCCUUGAGCUGACCGGCCUGUCCAAGGACGAUAUUGAGAUCUGGGAGAUUAAUGAAGCAUUCGCCUCGCAGGCCCUCAUGUCUAUUGAGCACGUCGGAAUACCCUAUGAAAAGGUGAAUCCGAACGGAGGUGCCAUCGCGCUCGGACAUCCCCUCGGCUGCACCGGUGCCCGUCAGAUUGCCACAGCAUUGGCGGAAGCGAAGCGCGAAAAGAAGAAGCUUAUUUGCACGAGCAUGUGCAUCGGCACAGGUAUGGGCAUGGCCUCGAUUAUUGUGAACGAGCAGUGAGGCGAGAUCGUGUUAAAGCUCCCAUGUAUUGAUCGAUCGCACGAAUCAGAACACCGAGAAACGCGGGGGAUCCAUGUCAAUAGAUGGAAUCGGAUUCUC